AUGGCGGAGGAACCAUCCGCCAAGUGUCAUCAUGCCGAGACGUCGGACAAGAGGAGCAACCUCGUCGACAUUAACGUCCCCGGCGAGAAGCGCAACUACACCAGAAGGCUCAAAGGGGUUGAGCUCCACGGCAAGGAGACGCUGGAGAUCGUCUGCACCAGCGAACCAGACAAGGCCGACGAGGUUAUCUCCAAGCUCUGGAGGAAGCUUGGCGGCAGGAUUCAUAGGAUCAUCGGCGUUGGUGUGCACUACACCAACGAAGAUGAACCUCCCCAGAUGGCGGCAGUCCUGCAGGUGUGCGUCGACGAACUCUGCUUGGUGUACCACAUCGCAGCGGCCACAAAAUGGCCCAAGCGCCUGACCGACAUGCUGCAGCAUGACAAGUUGUUCACAUUUGCCGGUUUCAGCAUUGAAAGCGACAAAGAGAAGCUGAAGUUGUCCGGUAGGAAGAUCAACCCCAACAAGUUCAUCGACAUUCAGCGCAAGUGGAGAGUUCCAUACACCGGAAAAGAGUACGACUCCUUGACUGAUGUUGCAGCCAGCGUCAUCCACCCAUUCUACAAAGGCAUGAAGAACAAGAUCAACACGCAGGAAGACUACAAACUGUGA